AUGCCCUUCACUUUCCUCGCAUCACACCCGCGUUUCAGCGAGGAGUGCCCAUAUUCUCCCUGGCCCUCAGUGGCCGGAUUGGUCGGGACCCUUUUUGGCCUCUUCCUGUCGCCGUAUUUCCUGGAUGGCUGCGAUAAGACCAUUUGCUUUCUGGACGUCGUCAGCAUCCAUCAGGUUGACAGAGACCUCAUGGAGCGCGGCAUUUACGGCUUGGGCGGAUUUUUGCGGAUGUCCAAAGAGCUCAGAGUCCUCUGGUCCGAGCCGUACCUGUCCAGGCUCUGGUGCGUCUUCGAAUUGGCUGCAUACCGGCACGCGAAUCCCACCGGUCGCAUUCGCCUGACUCCCGUGUUUAUCGAGGUUGGACUCCUCUCUUUAAUUCUGGGCUCAUACUUCGCCGCAUUCCUCUUCUUUGCAGUGUUCGCAGCGAGACUGGUUCUGGCUUUGCGUCCUGCGGCCUUUGCCAUCGCGCUGGUCCCCGUCUACGUGCUGAUGCACGCCAUGCGCGUGAAUACCCGAGCGAAGCAUCGACUGAUCUCCGAGCUGAAGGGCUUUGACCUGAACCAGGCUUCCUGCCGCACGGACUUCGACAAGGAGUUCAUCUACUCAGCUAUCAGGGAGUGGUAUGGCAGUACUGAGGCUUUCACGGAAUAUGUUCGAGGCCCUUUGCGUGAGGAGAUGCUGGGUUCAGACGAGCUUCGACUUCAGUUUCCCCUUCCGUACCUCUUGCUUGCUUCCACUUGCCCCGUGAGCGCCAGCCUCAACACCCUCGCCGCGCUUUGGGUGGCGGGCGCACCUGCAGUGGUUGUGGCCACGGAAGCUAUGGCUUUCACGUUGGGCUUCUACUUCUUCUGGUUCUUGCCGAUGACGAAGCUAGCCAUCUAUCUCUGCGACCGCUUCGCGGCUCCCAGGUGGUCUGGCUGCUGCAUGGACUACCUUCAGACUGGUCUUAUUUUCUUGUGCUUCUUCGCCCUCUACUACGCAGGCGAUACCGCUGCGAUGGCAGUCACGCAAGUUGGUGUAGGGGCCUGUUCCGCUUGGCUGCUCUUUUCGAUGCUUCUCUGUUGGGUUUGCUGCUUCGGCGGCUGGGAGCGCCUGAGCCGUCUCACGGAACUCUGCCGACCUGGGUAG